AUGGGGAGGCCUCCGUGCUGUGAUCAAGCAAACGUGAAGAAGGGUGCUUGGACACCAGAUGAAGAUGCGAAGAUGCUUGCAUACGUAGCCAACUAUGGAAUCGGCAACUGGACUUUGGUUCCCCAAAAAGCAGGACUUAAUCGAUGCGGUAAGAGUUGCAGACUUCGAUGGACUAACUAUUUGAGGCCCGAACUUAAGCAGCAUGAUUUUACUCCUGAAGAAGAAGAGCUGAUCCUUGAUUACCACAAAGCAAUUGGUAGUAGGUGGUCUUUGAUAGCAAAGAAGCUCCCAGGAAGAACAGACAACGACGUGAAGAACCAUUGGAACACAAAACUAAAGAAGAAGCUAUGCAAGAUGGGAAUAGAUCAUAUAACCCAUAAGCCUUUAUCUCAGGUCUUCACUGAUUAUGGACGCAUCAACAACAUUAAUAAUAAUAAUAAUAAUAAUAAUAAUGUUAAUAACACCAACGUCAUGAGUACCAGUUCGGGCACCCUCGGCCGCCGGUCGACCACUACCACUGUGAAUAAUGAUCACAGUACCGCACCUUAUAUUGUUAAUAAUUCAUUUUCUCUAUUGACCCCCCGGUCUAGCUCUCAACAAAUAAUUAUUGCAAACCAACAACCGCCACUCAUGAUCACAAACCUUAACAAUAACAACAGCAACAACAACACUCUCAAGAGCCAAUUAGAAUCUUGUACUUCACCCACAACAUCGUCAUCUUCUAAUUCCUGCAGUUUUAAUCAUCGACCUCCAGCUCCCUCCUUUUGCAGCAACAGAAACUGGCUGCAGCCGCCUCCUCCUCCUAUUAAUAAUAACAACAAUUCAGAGUCAAGUUUCAUGUCCACGCAUAGCAACGUCUUUGAUGAUCAUGAUCAUCAGAAUAUCAUCCACCACCACCAGCUUGCAGCAGGAGUACUAGUACAAGAGAAAUUAGUCAUCGACCCUUUUGUUGAUCAUGAUCAAUCCCCGCGCCAGUUCAUGACCGGCGCCGUCGGGAAUAUUAACGAUCAGAAUCAGAUGCUGGUUGCUGGAUGUGCAGGUACUAGUACUACUGGUGAUCAUAUUAUCAGAGGAGGAGGAGGAGUUAAUAUUUAUUCUUCUUUCACUUCAUCAACAUCGUCAUCAAGAUCAUUUGUGGAGGAAAUCCUUGAUAAAGAUACCAGGAUGAGGCUCGAAUUCCCUGACUUCUUUACUCAUUUUUUUAGCUAUUAG